AUGGCUAUGUCCUCUGCUUCUGGUUCUGCUCUUUGUUUCGCUGAUGCUUCUAGCUCCCGCGCAAUUCGACGCGAUUGUGGAGCUUUUUGCUUUGCUCCAAGGACAAUCACGUUUGGAUUUGUCGAGAAAUCACUUACCAAUGUCGACCGACUAAGAUUAUCCAGUUUGAAGGUUCGAGCAUCAAAUGCUACUGCUGUGGAGAAUGGAAAGCAAGAUGGAAGUGCUGCUGAUUCUGAUAAAGUUCCAACUCCAGUGGUUAUAAUCGACCAAGAUUCUGACCCUGAUGCAACCGUUGUCGAAGUAACAUUUGGAGAUCGUCUUGGAGCUUUGCUUGACACAAUGAAUGCGCUCAAAAACUUGGGACUGAAUGUCGUCAAGGCAAAUGUUUACCUCGAUUCUUCGGGGAAACACAACAAAUUCGCCAUUACUAAAGCGGAUAGUGGAAGAAAAGUAGAAGACCCUGAACUGCUCGAGGCCAUUCGUCUCACAGUCAUAAACAAUUUGCUUGAGUUUCAUCCUGAAUCAAGCUCUCAAUUGGCAAUGGGAGCAGCUUUCGGUGUUCUCCCGCCAACUGAACCGGUUGACGUGGACAUAGCAACACAUAUAAGCAUUGAAGAUGAUGGACCAGACCGCAGUUUACUCUACAUAGAAACAGCAGAUAGGCCUGGACUACUGGUUGAGCUGGUGAAGAUCAUUUCAGAUAUCAGCGUCGCUGUCGAAUCUGGAGAAUUCGACACCGAGGGUUUGUUGGCUAAGGUAAAGUUCCAUGUAAGCUACAGAAACAAAGCCCUAAUCAAACCUCUCCAGCAGGUUCUUGCUAAUAGUCUGAGAUACUUCUUGAGGCGUCCAGCAACUGACGAGUCAAGUUUCUGA